AUGCCUUCCGUGCGGAACAUGGCCCUGUGGGCUACAACACUCUUUGCCUUUGUCAAUGCCAGCCCGACUCAGGUCCGCCGCUCCAGCCCCAACGGAAUAAGCAAGAGGGGCUUAGGGGGCGUGAUCGAUAUCACCUGCGGUCUGUGGGCGACUGCAAUCAGGGCGGACGCCGACGAGGCGAUACACCAAGUGACAGCCAAUGGCGGAGCCAUCAACGCCAUCAAACAGACCUGCUCUCGAUUGGCAUGCGUAGGCACCAGCGGCCUCUAUGUCUGCAACGACCAAGAGGAAGACGUCCUUGUCCAACUCGAAGAUCUCUUCAGCCCUAGCUCCCAGCUUGUCCAGAGCUGCGUGGAUUACUACGUCGACAACGACGUAGCUGUGAACACACAGACCCCGGUGUCUGCGCAAGGCUUCUACGCGGAUCCACUCGUGAAUGUGGUCAUCAGCUACUGCGAUCCCAACGACGACCCGUAUAAGAAACCAAGCGAUUACAAUUUCGAUGUCAACUGCGGGCCGAAUGGAUGCAACCCGACUUGUGGCUGGGAAGGUGCUGAGGAAGAUCCAUGCCCCUUCUUGUCGAAAAUCUUUGCGUCUUCUUCGGCAGCUCCAUCACCGACGGCCACACCUGCCCCUUGA